GUAGGCCGCCGUGUGUCCUGCGGAAGUCGGACCGUUGUAGUCGGGACACUGGCUGAAAACACCGGAGCGGCCUCGCGAAAGCUGGCGAAUUCGCUUCAUAAACACAUUGUGUGUGGGCGGAGAAAGUGCUGAAAAGUGCAUAAGCAAACGACAGGUGAUUAAAAAAGGCAAAGAAAGAAAAGAAACACUGGGGUUUGCGUGAAGCCCCGAGCCGCUUUAGCCCCUUUGAGCCCGCUGAAGUCGGCGGUGGCGAGGCGAAGCGAGGCGGGAGGUGAUGGAGCCCUCAGCGGCCAAGGGGAGAGCGCAGGGCCGCCUGCUGGUGUCCACCAGCCUGGACGCCAAAGACGAGCUGGAGGAGAGGUUGGAAAGGUGUGUGGCCGUCACCACUUCCAUUACAAACGGAUUGUCCGAGCGAGAAGCCAAUGAUGCCCUCACUGCCCACGUGUGUAAAGGUCCUCAGCAGCAUGAGGAAGUGUGCCUUGGCUUGUUCACGCUGCUGCUCACAGAGCCUUCACAAGCACAGCGGUGUUACAGAGACCUGACGCUAGUCAACCGUGACGGCAUGAAUGUGGUUCUGAUCAAGAUUAACCAAAUCCUCAUGGAGAAGUUCCUCAAACUGCAGGACGUGUGUCGCACGCAGCUGGUGUGGUUGGUCAGAGAGCUGGUGAAGAGUGGGGUCAUAGGAGCCGACGGAGUCCUCAUGACCCUCAUGAAGCAGAUCGCUGGAGGUGACAUCACGAUUAAAAACCUGUGGCUGGCUGAAAAUGUCUUGGACAUCUUAGUGGAGCAAAGGGAGUGGGUGCUGAAGAGCGGAAUGCUGGUGGCCAUGUCUGUAUAUACAUAUCUGAGACUUAUCGUGGAUCAUGGGACACAGGGCCUCCUGCCGCUCCGCCAGAGAGAGGUGGACUUCUGCGUCGGCCUGCUGCGAGAGAGGUUUAUGGAGUGUUUUAUCAUCGGGAGAGAUCUCGUCAGACUGUUACAGAAUGUAGCUCGAAUCCCUGAGAUGGAGCUCCUGUGGAGAGACCUGCUGCACAACCCUCAGAGCCUGAGCCCACAGUUUACUGGUCUGUUGCAGCUUCUCACCUCUCGUACAUCCCGCAAAUUCCUGGCUUGCCGCCUCACUCCUGAUAUGGAGACCAAGCUACUGUUCAUGACCUCACGGGUUCGAUUUGGCCAGCAGAAGCGCUAUCAGGACUGGUUUCAGAGGCAGUACCUGUCCACGGCUGAGAGUCAGUCGCUGCGGUGUGAUCUGAUCCGCUACAUCUGUGGGGUGGUGCACCCCUCCAACGAGGUCCUGAGCUCAGACAUCCUGCCUCGCUGGGCCAUCAUCGGCUGGCUGCUCACCACCUGCACAUCGAACGUCGCUGCUUCCAACGCCAAACUGGCCCUGUUCUACGACUGGCUCUUCUUCAACCCGGAGAAAGACAGCAUCAUGAACAUCGAACCAGCCAUUCUGGUGAUGCAUCAUUCAAUGAAGCCACAUCCCGCCAUCACUGCCACGCUGCUGGAUUUCAUGUGUCGAAUAAUCCCUCACUUUUUUCCACCAUUGGAGGGCCAAGUGCGCCAGGGUGUCUUCAACUCGCUUAACUUCAUUAUGGAGAAGAGAGUUCUGGCGCACUUGGCUCCGUUGUUCGACAACCCCAAACUGGACCGGGAGCUGCGAUCCAUGCUGAGAGAACGUUUCCCUGAGUUCUGUAACUCACCCUCUCCACCCACAGAAGUGAAAAUGGAAGAGUCUGUUCCCUUAGAGAUGGACAAUCACGUGCUGGAUAAGGAGGACGGUUGCUAUGACAACACAGACGCAACAUUUAGUGAUGAUGAGGAAGAGUUGAACAAUAAGGGUAAGAAACGUGAGUUCAGGUUUCAGCACAUCAAGGAGACGUACAUAGAGGAGCCGUCUGACAUCACGCCUUACGUGGACCAGCUGGAUGAGACGCUGAAGGAGAAAGUGUUACAGUUACAGAAAGGGAGUGACACAGAGACGCAGUGUGAAGUCAUGCAGGAAAUAGUGGACCUGAUUCUCGAGGAGGACUUUGACUCAGAGCAGAUGUCCACGCUGGCUUCCUGUCUAGCUGAGCUGUUCAAAAGCCAUUUCAGAGGAGAUGUGCUGCCUGAGGAAAUCACUGAGGAGUCGCUGGAGGAGUCGGUGUGUAAGCCAGUGUGUCUGAUCUUCAGGAACCUGUGUCAGAUGCAGGAGGACAACAGUGGCUUCUCAGUGCUGCUGGACAUGCUCGCUGAGCUCUAUCAGAAACAGCCCAAAAUUGGAUAUCACCUCCUCUACUACCUCAAGGCGAGUAAAGCGGCGGCGGGAAAGAUGAGUCUGUACGAGUCAUUUGCUCAGGCCACGGCGCUGGGGGACCUACACACGUGCCUCAUGAUGGACAUGAAGGCCUGCCAGGAGGAUGAUGUGAGACUGCUCUGUUACCUCACACCCUCCAUCUACACAGAGUUCCCAGAUGAGACCCUACGCAGUGGAGAACUCCUAAACAUGAUCGUAGCGGUCAUAGACUCCACACAGCUUCAGGAGCUGAUGUGUCACGUAAUGAUGGGAAAUCUGGUAAUGUUCCGCAAAGACUCCGUGCUCAACAUCCUCAUUCAGUCACUGGACUGGGAGACGUUUGAGCAGUAUAGCACAUGGCAGUUGUUUCUGGCCCACAAUAUCCCACUGGAGACCAUCAUCCCCAUCCUACAGCACCUCAAAUACAAAGAGCAUCCUGAAGCUUUAUCCUGCUUACUCCUGCAGCUUCGCAGGGAAAGUCCCACAGAGGAGAUGGUGAAGAUGGUGUUGAGUAGGCCGUGUCACCCGGAGGAUCAGUUCACCACCAGCAUCCUGCGCCACUGGGCAGCCAAACACGACGACCAGCUGGCUGAGCAUAUCAAGGCCCUUCUCAUCAAGAACAACAACAUGCCUCGCAAACGCCAGAGGUAUCACCACGCCAAGAUCUUACGAAGCUCCAGCAGUAAAUUGGCUCAGCUAACCCUGGAGCAGAUGUUGGAGCAUUUAGACAGUCUGAGGCUGAGCCUCAGUAACACCAAGAAUAACUUCUUUACCCAGACACCCAUCCUGCAGGCUCUUCAGCAUGUCCAGGCCAGCUGUGAUGAAGCCCAUAAAAUGAGGUUCAGUGAUCUUUUCUCCUUGGCUGAGGAGUAUGAGGAUUCCUCGAAGCAAGCCAAAUCUCGGCGCAAAGCUCCAGCGUCCUCACCGCGCUCACGUAAAGGCGCAGCGCCUCCAGCCAACAACGAGGAGGACAGCGGCUCCAGUAGCGCCUCGGAGGAAGAGGACUCCAAACCCAAAGCACCCAAGAGGAAACGAAAAGGCUCGUCAGCCGUGGGCUCAGACAGUGACUGAGAGGACACGCCAAUCUCCACAUGCCCCACCCCCCAACAUUUCCAUGACCACGCCCAUUCCAGUGUGACAUCACUGGAGAACAAACCACCAGCCAGUCAUCUGCUCUGACCACUCAUCAAAGAGGAAGCGCUGGAUUUCCUUCCUGGGACUUUGACUGGAGCAAGCCAGGAAGCACACCCUGUAGCUUCCCUCAGCACUAGUGUGAUUGGCUGCUUGGGGAUUGGGGGCGUGACUGAGGCUACAGAAGAGCUGCUAAGCUUCAGGAGCCUCCUUUCCUCCCCUGACUGGGACGGACUGACGGAAAGACGGAUAAAAUUGCACACAGGAGUCAUUCUUUAGUGUCUCUGUACUCAUUGACCCACUUAUCCUGAUUGAGCACAAUCGCUGUGCUUAAAAGGGGGGGAAAAAAUCCCACACUGUAGACUACACGAGGGAGAUGAUUUACAACAUUCACCAUGAACGUUUGAACGUUCUACUCCACUCCCAGAAGACACAUUUUAUCGUUUGAUAAUGAACAAGCAUUUGCUUUGUCCCUUAUAAAUCCCUCUUUGUCCUGAUUGGAUGUCGUGGCCCAGUGGAGGCGACGCCGGGGGUUUUACAGGGAGGACGACACUCCUCCUGGAUGGAUUUUUACCACGAGUGCACGGCACAGGUGCAGAAAUUGGAUUGUAAAAAAAAAGGUGGACUUGACAUGACAGACUUUUUAAGAAAAUUGCUUUCUACUGACCUAUUUUCAUAAAAAAAAUCAUAACUAUGUAAAAGGAUUAUGAUAUUAAUAAAAAAGGCAGGGACAAACACUUUUUGUCUUUAAUAAAUG